AUGUCUUGGUUAUUAAUUCUGGCUACUUUGAUGUGGAAAUGUGCAACUUUAAGUGAUAGUUACUUCAUCAUUGAAGCUCCAGAAUUGAAUGUAAAGGAAUUUAAAAAAGAUUUCCGAGUGUACUGGAACGUGCCGACAUUCCAGUGUGCUUCAAAGAGAAUAUCUUUCGAGAACUUGUACGAAAAAUUCGGCAUCAUUCAAAAUAAAGGAGAUAGAUUUAACGGAGACAAAAUCACUAUUCUGUAUGAACUGGGUUACUUUCCGUCCAUUUUUAAGAAUAAAACAAGCGGAGAAUAUGGAUUUAUAAACAAAGGUUUACCUCAGGAGGGGGAUUUGCAAGAACAUUUGGUUGCUUUCAAAGAACAAUUACUUGAGAAAAUACCAGAUCCUUCCUUUGAUGGCAUUGGAGUAAUUGAUUUUGAAAUGUGGAGACCUGUUUUCGAUCAAAACUUCGGCACUCUCGAUGUAUAUAGAAAAAUAUCCAUUGAAAUUGAGAAGGAAAGGCAUUCGUGGUGGCUAAAUAUGUGGAUUAAAAAAGAGGCAGCAUUUCGUUUCGAAACCGCAGCAAGACAAUUUAUGGAAUCUACUCUGGUUCUAGCAAAACAAAUGCGACCUAACGCCUUGUGGGGUUAUUAUGGAUACCCACACUGUUUUAAUAUGAGAGAUAUGGACAUGAAAGAAGAUUGUGUUAAAAGUAUCCCAGGUGCAAAUGACAAUAUUUAUUGGCUCUGGGCUGAAAGCACAGCUUUAUUCCCUUCAAUAUACAGCUCAAAAAAACUUACCAAUUCACAACUUCCCUUUCAUAUUAAAGGGAGAAUAAAAGAGAGUGCGCGCGUUAGACUCGAAGAUACACCAAUUUUGCCUUACUUCUGGUUUAGAUAUAGAGAUGGUGAUUUUAUGAAACAGGAAGACCUAUCGGUGGCUCUCAGUACAUUGUACCAGUCGAAAGCAUCUGGUUUAAUAAUAUGGGGCAGCUCAAAUGAUGUGAAUACUGUUGACAAAUGUAAGAAACUUUAUAACUACGUUGAGACUGUACUCGGACCUAAUAUAGCUAAAUAUACGCAACGAUCUAAAAAAAAUAGCAACGCGGUCAAUAAUGAAAACAAGAAUCUUUUCAAGCUUAAGUCGCAAGGAAACAGAAAAAUUUUAGAAAGUGAUGAUAGUUCGACAAAUUACGACGUUACAUUUACCGAUGAACCAACACAAAGUUCUUAUUAUACAGAAAUAGAUUUUACAGAAUAUUCAAAAGUGAACUAUGAUUUUACUCAAGAGCAAAGUCUGACAACUUUACGUAAUGAGGAAGUUUCUACACCAGAAAUAUCUUCAGAAAGUAGUACAAAUAUGGUAUCAACAAAUUAUAUUUCAACGGAAGAAGAUUCCUAUAGUGAUGACAAUUUUCCUAAUGAAAACGAAGAUAUCGACGAUUACCUCAUAAUUAUUGAUAAUUCUACAACCACAGACACUUCUAAACAGUACACAACUAAUCCAAAUAUUGAUGAUGACUAUUUGAUAAUUGUUAGAAACAAUUAUGUAGAAGGAUUAACGAAAUAUAGUAAUUUGUUAGAACAACGUCUUACAACAAAAUCACCAAUCAAUGAGACAGUAAAGAGUUUACCAGAAAGUGUAACUGAAGCUUACGAAGAUACAGAAUAUGAUUAUUACAAUGAAAAUACAAUUGAAACGCCAGAAACAAAUGAUAAAUUAUCUGAUCAAGAUAAUAAAAGCUCCGAUUAUUUAAUAGUGGUUGAUAAUAAUUAUAACGAAAAAGAUACCUUUCAACCGAUCGAGUCUAAAAGGGUAACUAAUACAGAAGAAGAUUACUUAAUAAUUGUUAAUAAUCUCAAUAACAUACUCACAUCAAACAAAAAUAGUACAAAUUAUGAUGCAAAUAAUAAAACAAAAAGCGAUUCAAUAAGCCAAUUUAUACCAAAUAUAAAGGAACAUAGUACUACUGAAGAAAGUUUAGACGAUUAUGAAGAUGAAGAGGAAUUUAAACCAAAUGAGUUUUAUGGUCGUAAUGAAGUAUUUAAUUCUGAUUCAGAAGAAUCAAACUACUUGAUAGUUAUUGAUUAUAAUUUUACAGAUGUAAACACUUUAACUCCUCCUGAUAAUACGGGCAGUACAGAUAUUGAAGAUGAUUAUUUAAUUAUACCUAAAUAUGAAAAGCAAAAGCAAGAUUUUUCUAUAAAUAAUGAUAAAAGUAACGUUAAUUAUGUGCCGGAUACAAUGAACUUUUCGACAUCACAAUUUGUUGAAUCCAAUGAUGUUACUUUGUCAACUGAAAAUGAUACCUUUAGCAGUGAGAUAUUUUCUCCUAGAAUAGAACUUAACACUCCAGUAACUGCUACCUCAAUGGACUAUACAAUUGGCACAAACUUUACAAUAGUCUUAGACGAUUCAAUAGGUACGGAAGCUACAUCUGUAGGUUUCAAUACAUCAGAAAUUAUGGAUAAUUUAACUGCAAACGUUUGGUUGAAUAAAACACCUGCUACAGAGUCAAGCGUAUACAGUGAAAGCAGUUCACAUUUUAUAGAAACCACAAAUAAUCCUGAUGACUUUUCUAUAUCACACAUAAAUAUGGAUACAAUGGAAAACGUACAAUAUUUAGGUAACGCUUCAGACAACAAUGACGCUGGAGAAGUAACAAAAGCAACAUAUGUUAUAGAAUAUAAAGAAUUAAAAAAUUCUCCAUCAACUGAAAGCGGUUAUAAUGGCAAGCUGAUUACGUCUAGUGAAAAAGAUUCCAUACCAACUGAAGGAAGGUUAUCUCAAAAUGAUUUUACAGAUGUUAAUCUUGUCACUGAUUUAACAAGAAAUUCUGAAAUUAAUGAAGAAACCACAGAACAAAAAGAAGAGAUACAUACAGAAAUAUAUAAUGUUUCCACCGAAGAAACUGAAAACGUUGAUCAAAUUAUAAAAUAUAUUUAUAACAAAUAA